AUGAUGCAUCCAGCAGGAUACUACGCGAAUAUCGCGAGCGGCGCGCUCGCAGCCGGCACCAUUGCGUCUCCGUGGAGCGCGGCGGCCGGCGCGCCCGACACCAACGGCUCGGGCGGCGCCGACGCCAAGCACCUAGAUGUGGGGGAAGCUAGUGACGAUGAAAAGGAUAUGUCGGCAGCGGACGCGGAAGGAGUGUGGUCACCGGAUAUCGAGCAAAGCUUCCAGGAGGCGCUCGCGAUAUACCCCCCAUGUGGCCGGCGCAAGAUCAUCCUCUCGGACGAGGGCAAGAUGUACGGACGAAACGAACUUAUAGCAAGAUAUAUAAAACUCAGAACAGGAAAGACGCGCACAAGAAAACAAGUCUCAUCACAUAUACAGGUGCUAGCUAGGCGGAAACUGCGUGAAAUUCAGGCCAAACUCAAAGUGGACGGGGGUGUUAUGAAAGAGAAGGCGAUGCAGUCUAUGAGCACGCUGUCUAGCGCGCAAAUAGUGGCGGGCUUGCCGCACCCGGCUUACCACCACACGCAAUUUUGGCAACCAGGAUUACAAGCAGGAACAUCACAAGAUGUAAAGCCGUUCCCAAGUGCGGGCUACAAGGGCGUCCCGGGCGUCCCGGGCGUCGUGCCCGGCGGCGCGGACGUGGCGCCGCCCCCGCCAUGGGAGGGACGCGCCAUCGCCACGCACAAGCUACGCUUAGUGGAGUUCUCGGCUUUUGUGGAACACCCCAGAGAUCCGGACACGUAUCCACCGAGCACGGCCCCGGCGCAACACUUAUUUGUACAUAUAGGUGGCACAGUCACAUACGCAGAUCCUUUAUUAGAGUCAGUAGAUGUACAGCAAAUAAACGACAAAUUCCCAGAGAAGAAAGGCGGCUUAAAAGAGCUAUACGAGAAGGGACCUAGGAACGCGUUCUUUUUAGUGAAAUUUUGGGCGGACCUUAACACAAAUAACCUUGACGAUCCUGGCGCCUUCUACGGCGUCACGAGCGUAUACGAGAGCAACGAGAACAUGACGAUCACGUGCAGCACAAAAGUGUGUUCGUUCGGCAAGCAAGUGGUGGAGAAGGUGGAGACGGAGUACGCCCGGUUCGAGGGCGGCCGCUUCGUGUACCGCAUACAGCGCUCGCCGAUGUGCGAGUACAUGGUCAACUUCAUACACAAACUGAAACACCUGCCCGAGAAGUACAUGAUGAACAGUGUACUCGAGAACUUCACUAUAUUGCAGGUGGUGUCAAAUAGAGAUACUCAAGAAACGUUAUUAUGUGCGGCCUUCGUGUUCGAAGUGUCCAACAGCGAGCACGGCGCGCAGCAUCACAUCUACCGACUCGUGAAAGAC